AUGGCGGGUGUUUCUCGCGCGUCAAAUAUCCUCGACCGAAAUGGCUUGUGUCUAUUAUCACUUGAUGGAGGAGGUGUCAGGGGCCUGUCCACACUCUUAAUCCUCCACCAUAUCAUGAUCCAAUUGAGCCGAGAACGUGGAUCCUUGUCAAUUUUGAAGCCUUGCGAGGUUUUCGACCUCAUAGGCGGGACAAGCACAGGAGGUUUGAUCGCAAUAAUGCUCGGGCGCUUGCAAAUGAGCACUGAAGAUUGCAUUCAAGCCUAUACCGACCUUAUCCGAACGGUCUUUGGCAAGAAAUUGAGGUCUGUCCCUGUGGACUGGACUGGCAGUAUUCGGCCAAGAUACGACAGCGAGAAGCUCAGAUUGGCGGUGCAAGAGGUGAUCGUCAAGGCUGGUGCCGCACCUGAUGACCUCAUGGACGAUGGAAGCUCACGUGGUUGUCGGGUAUUCGUGUGCACAACAGCGAAGGACACUUUACAGGUCACUCGCCUUCGAAGUUACUCCGUUUCAAACGAAGAAGUAUCAGCAACCAUCUGUGAAGCGGCCCUUGCUACCUCUGCAGCAACGGGGUUUUUUGAGUAUGUUAGUAUCGGAAAUUCUCAGUAUGUGGAUGGAGCCUUCGGGGCUAACAACCCGGUGGAGGAGGUUGAAGAGGAGGCGGCCGAUAUUUGGUGCACAUCAAGCCGGGAUCUAAAGCCCUUGGUAAAAUGCUUCCUGUCUCUGGGCACCGGAAGCCCGUCCAGCAUGCCAAUGGAUGACAAUAUGAUCAAGUUCCUCUCCAAAACCUUGGUCAGAAUGGCUACGAAGCCGGAGAGCACAGAGCGCCGUUUCAUGGCCCGUUGGAGCAAUGAAACAAGGCAGAAGAGGAUAUUUCGAUUCAACGUCGAGAAAGGCCUUCAGGAGGUGCACAUGAGCGACUACCAAAAGUUGAGCCUAAUUGAGACCGCUACACACAACUAUCUACAUCAUGCAGACCAAAAAGGUCGAAUCCGGGACUGCAUCGUCAACUUGGCUGGUAAAAGAGCCAAGACCGAGCCCGACUUUCACGUCAUCAUACAGGCACACCAAGCCUCGAUUUUGAAACAGACCCUCCAGAGAUGUACUCCCACCGGAGCAUCGACGACUCCGGAGAAACAUCCCUUGUGGUUUGUUCCCUUCGAUCGAAACGCUGGCUUUGUCGAUCUUGAGCUGCUUGAAACUCUGAAACAAAAGCUAUUCUCGAAGACACACAGCCCAAUGACCGGCAUUUUUGGUCUCGGAGGAGUUGGCAAGACCCAGCUUGUUUUGGAGCUGGCGUAUCAAGUCCGCGACAUGUAUCCCGACUGCUCCAUCAUUUGGAUUCCGGCGAUGGACAAGGAACAGUUUCAGCAGACUUACGUCAAAGUCGCCCACCAAAUGGCCAUCGUGCCCAGUGAUGGAGAUCAAGAAGAUGUUAAAUCUCUCGUCCAUGAAUAUCUCAGCCGGCCCCAAAACGGCAAUUGGUUGCUGAUUAUUGACAAUGCUGAUGACUUUGAGAUGUGGACCAACAGAUUUUCUUCAUCAUCAAAUGCCAGCCUGGCUCAACUUCUACCGCAAAGCCCACACGGGAGAAUAGUGUUCACUACGAGAAGCAUGCGCCUGGCGCAACAUCUUGCGCCCCGCAACAUCGUUGAAGCCCUUCAAAUGGACGAGUCAAGGGCCACGAGACUUCUGGGUAAUGCAUUGAUCAAUAAAGCAUUGAUCACGGAAGACAGAGACACAACACGACGUCUUUUAGAGCAGCUGACAUUUCUGCCGCUAGCCAUCGUCCAAGCUGCCACGUUCAUCAAUGAGAAUCGAAUCAGCAUCGCCCGCUACAUUGAAAUUCUGGGUGGACACGCGCAAGGGGCCAUUGACCUUCUCAGCGAGGAAUUUGAGGACGAAGGCCGAUAUCAGAGUGCUCGUAAUCCAAUCGCGUCUACCUGGCUGACAUCUUUCCAACAAAUCCAGAAAGCAGACCCAACGGCCGCAGACUGUCUAGCAUUCAUGUCGUGUGUGAGUGCAAACGAUAUCCCAACGUGCCUUCUCCCUGUCGCCGACGAGGUGAAGCGCGAAAAAGCAAUUGGCUUGCUCAAAUCCUACUCAUUUGUGCGCUGCAAUGCAAAUGGACGACGACUUGAUUUGCAUCGACUGGUCCAAUUGGCCACAAUCAAUUGGUUACGUUCAGAAAACUUGAUGACUUUUUGGCAGAAGAAGUCUGUCACAAUCUUGGCGCGACAAUAUCCCUGCUGUGAUGUGUUUCAGCGAUCCGAUUGGCGUGCAGCUAUUCCUCAUGCUCUUCAUGUCUUACAGAGCUCAAUGGCCACUGCAGUCCCAGAUGAAGUUUUUCAGCUCAUGGGCACAGUCGCUCACUGUUAUGAUUUAGACGGAAGAUUCAAAGAAGCGAAGCCGCUGCGUGUGAUGCUUCGAAGCAUGCUCCAAAGCCAUAUUGGCACACGACAUCCUAAAUACCUCGCCGUUCAAAGCGCGCUAGCACGCACGGAUAUGAUGAUUGGCAACUAUGGAGAGUCGAUUCAAGCCUUUGAAUCUGUCAUCGAGAGUUACAAGAACGCCGGGCAGCUUCAAUCGCCAGACGCAAUGGAAGCCAUUCAUAGGUUGUCCACCUGUCUUCGACUUGAGGGCAGUCUUCAGCGGGCCGAGGAGCUCGGUAGUCAAGCCUUGAGAUGGAAUCUUCAUUCAAGAGGUCCCUAUGCCGAGUCUACCUUGGACACAAUGAUCAACAUGACCUGGAUCUACUUUGCGCAGGCCCGGGUUUCGGAUGCGGAACAAAUGGCUCAAGAAUCUCUCCACAUGGCGAAAAGCACUUUAGGCCCGGAUCAUCCUUACACAACUCUUGCCACGUCCAGCCUAGCCUGGAUCUCCCUGGAGCAGUGGAAGCUCAAACAGGCGGAGGAUCUUCUUUUGGACACGCUCGAAAGAGGCCGACGUAUCACUGGGCCAAACUAUCCUUUGCUUCUGAAUGACUUAUAUCAGCUUGCACUAGUCACGAAAUUUCAGGGCCGACACGACGACGCAGUAUUGCUUUUGAAAAAGUGCUGUGUCUUACAAGAGCAGACUCUGGGCGUUGACCACUGCCGCACAAGGAAUAGUGUUCGGACUCUGGAAGAAUGGACAACAAUGAGAUACCUUCCGAUGCGCUACGUCUCUCUCGUCCCGCCGAUAGCGCGGUCGGCUAUGAUAUUAGCACGUCGAAGGCGGUAUCCUCGCAUCAAAGUAUUGGGUGGUCUUUAUGCUGCUCGGCGGGAACACAAAGACAGCUCCCUUGUUCAAGAAAUUAUCAGAGUUGUACAAAGCUUUCGGGAAGACUACGGCAUGCCGUGUGAUACUUGUUAUCCCAUCGACGCACGGCUGGAAAACCACAGCUGCUACCCGACGGUCCCCAAGGGUGACUUCAAAAGACCUUGA